UUAGAAACGUGUUAACUAUAAUCAGUUUCUAAAAUAUACAAAUGUUUUGUGUUAUUUAUGACUUUGUUAAGCGAAAAAAUACUAAUAUUUAAUACUACAUAAUUAAACAUGAGUUUUUCAAGUGAUGAAGUCAAUUUUUUAGUUUACAGAUACUUGCAAGAGUCAGGUUUUCAACAUUCUGCAUAUACAUUCGGUAUAGAAUCUCAUAUAUCACAAUCCAACAUAAAUGGAGCUCUCGUACCACCAGCAGCAUUACUUAAUAUAUUGCAGAAAGGGUUACAAUAUAUUGAGGCUGAAAUUAGUUUAGCUGAAGAUGGUACAGAGCAAAAACUUGUAGAGAGUUUAAGUUUAAUAGAUGCUGUAAUGCCAGAUGUUGUGGCAAGUAGACAAAAUCAACAGAAUCAACAAAAGCAGGCUAUUAGAACAGAGAUCACUGAUACAAAUGGAGAAGAAGCUGUUGUAUCAACAAAGAAUGAAAAUAUGGAAGUGGAUAAUUCCAUUGAAAUACCAUCUUCAAAGGCUACAGUUUUAAGGGGGCAUGAAUCAGAAGUCUUUAUUUGUGCUUGGAAUCCAACCACAGAUUUAUUAGCAAGUGGUUCUGGUGACAGUACUGCAAGAAUAUGGGAUAUGUCAGAUAACAAUGCAACUCCAAACCAAUUGGUACUACGGCAUUGCAUUCAAAAGGGUGGAACAGAAGUGCCUAGUAACAAAGAUGUUACAUCUUUGGAUUGGAAUUGUGAUGGAACCUUGUUAGCAACAGGCAGUUAUGAUGGUUAUGCAAGAAUUUGGACAACUGAUGGUCGCUUGGCUAGCACACUAGGACAACAUAAAGGUCCUAUUUUUGCGUUAAAAUGGAACAAAAGGGGAAAUUAUAUUUUAUCUGCUGGUGUUGACAAAACUACCAUAAUAUGGGAUGCUGCAAGUGGACAAUGUACACAACAGUUUAGUUUUCAUUCUGCCCCAGCUUUGGAUGUUGACUGGCAAACAAAUACAUCAUUUGCUAGUUGCUCUACAGAUCAGUGUAUACAUGUUUGUAAAUUGACAGUAGAUAAACCUAUCAAGUCCUUCCAGGGGCAUACUAAUGAGGUAAAUGCAAUUAAAUGGGAUCCUCAAGGUAUUCUGUUAGCUUCUUGCUCAGAUGACAUGACAUUAAAAAUUUGGUCCAUGAAGCAAGAUAAUUGUGUGCAUGAUUUGCAAGCUCAUGCAAAAGAAAUUUACACAAUCAAGUGGUCUCCCACAGGUCCAGGUACACAGAACCCCAAUAUGAAUUUGAUAUUGGCAUCAGCCAGUUUUGAUUCAACUGUGCGUCUAUGGGAUGUGGAACGUGGCGCAUGCAUACAUACUUUGCUUAAGCACACAGAACCAGUAUACUCUGUUGCUUUCAGUCCAGAUGGAAAAUUUUUAGCAAGUGGAAGUUUUGACAAAUGUGUACAUAUUUGGUCCACACAGAGUGGACAGUUAGUACACAGCUACAAAGGUACAGGUGGAAUUUUUGAGGUGUGUUGGAAUAGUAGGGGUGACAAAGUUGGCGCAAGUGCUUCUGAUGGGAGUGUGUUUGUUCUUGAUUUGCGUAAAUUAUAAAUUGAUGCUAUGGUUUCAAUCAUACGAUAGCAUAUUAAGAUUAAAUAAAGAUAUAUUAUAAGCUAACUACAAUGCAAUAGACUAUUUUCAUUA